AGCUGAGCACUGAGCAGUCACUCGUUUGCAGCUCGAACUCAUCGACGCAAUGGCUCCGAAAGCAAGUGGAAAGGCAGUGAAGAAAGCGGGCAAGGCCCAGAAGAACAUCACCAAGGGUGACAAGAAGAAGAAGCGCAGGAGGAAGGAAUCCUACGCCAUCUACAUCUACAAAGUCUUGAAACAGGUGCACCCCGAUACCGGAGUCUCCUCCAAGGCUAUGUCCAUCAUGAACUCCUUCGUCAACGACAUCUUCGAACGCAUCGCCGCCGAAGCCAGCCGUCUCUCCCACUACAACAAGAGGUCUACCAUCACCUCCCGGGAAAUCCAGACCGCCGUCAGGCUUCUCCUCCCCGGAGAAUUGGCUAAGCACGCCGUCUCUGAAGGAACCAAGGCUGUCACCAAGUACACCAGCUCGAAGUAGAUCUUCUCUUCACCUGGCUCCACACUUUAAAACGGCCCUUUUCAGGGCCACCAAACUUACGAGCACUACAUAAGAAUGAGGAGACUGGUUGAAUCCCUUGUUCCCCAAAAGUCCCAGAAGCACCAACACCUCCUUUUAUUCGGAAUUUGAUUUGAAUAAAGCACAGGUAACGGUCGAGUGGGGCGGAAUGUUUCAUAUCAUACCUAAGGCAACAGCUACUUAGGCCAUUAAUUAAACUGGCGUUUUCUCCCGA